AUGGAUGCAGUGCCAGAAUACUCGAUUUUCCUUGUCAGGAUUUUGGAGGAACUAGACACCAAGUACAGCACUGUGUCAUAUCAGGAUCUGUGUAAGUCUCUGUGUGCUCGUUUUGACCUGGUUCAUCUGGCAAAACUGAGGAGCUUGCUUUUCUACACAGCAUGUUUGGAUCCGAGUUUUCCUGCCACUUUAUUUAAGGACAAAAUGAGGUGUUCGGUGGAAGAUCAGCAGUCUAAGAAGCUCAUGGUAGCUGCGGACAUUGUGACCAUGUUCAACCUCAUCCAGAUGAAUGGUGGGAUGGCCAAAGACAAGUUGCCAGUUAGUCGGAAACCCAAGUUUCAUAAAAACCAAUCCUUUGAGUCUUGCAGGUCUGAUACAGAAGUGUAUAAAUACAACGAGUGUGAAAGUGUGUAUGGUCACACAGACAGAAGGGGUCAUCGUGCUUCUCGGAACUCACCCUGUCCCAAAUCUGAGUGCAACAGCUGUCAACCAUUUAUACCAGCUUCAGAGCCCAAUUUUCUCCUGGGAGUCAACAAGGAUCUCAAAUGUAGAGCAGCAUCGCUGGAUAAGCUGCAGCAUCUGCCUCAGUAUGCCAGUGCCAGUCCUCCUUCAUGUGAGAUGCAGAGCACCUACUUCCCGAUGGACAUCGACAGCGAGUCCACUACCGACCACGACUCACUGCACAUCAACCCAGGCGGUAAGGAUGUUUUUCUGCCUAAUUCAGAGUCUUUCGCUGUACACUCGUGUGUGCAAAAGCGGAAUAUUUUCAAGGAGGACUUUCACAACCUUGUUGCCUUUUCGCCCCAUGUCAUCUCUGCAGAGUCUAAAGCCAGUGCCAGAGACAGUGGAGAUUACCACAGGAGGGAACUGCACAAGCCACCGACUUUCUUUAAUCACAGUUUUGAGUUGCCAUAUAGCAACCCUUAUUUCGAGCCGGUCAACUCACCUAUACAAAGCAAAGGGCGAGUGAAGCACGAGAGUCUAGACGACUUGCAGGCAUCCACAUAUUUUGGUCCAACAACAAUCACUGAGUGUGUGAACACCAAGAGGACUUCUGGGAAGCAAAACAGGCAACCUGCCUGGCCUGUCAAGAGCUUAAGCCUGAACGCAGAUGAAGGCUCUGAAUUUGAGAGAUCCUUUUUAAACCAGAAGGUGCCAGUAGAUAAUCACCGCCAUAUCAGCAUGAUGGACAACGAUCAGCACUUCCAGUGUGCCAAAGAGAAGCCCACAGCCUCUCCGUCAGGCUUCUCCAAGAAGUCUAGUGGACCAAAGAUGAAAGAGAUGGCCUCUGUUGGUUGUGGUCCGAGUUCUGAAAAGAGAGAAGGAGGAAAGAGAUAUAAAGACAAGAGCAUCAAUUGUCCAUCGCUCCAGACUGCUAAUGUAGACAAUGGUCUUAGUGUCGGGACUCAGACUGACCAGUCAGAACAGAGGAAGCGGAAAGAUUACAGCAUGCACAAGUAUGCGGAGAGGCCACCUUUUAAACACAGAGACGAAGAGUGUGAAAUCAUAAGUGAUGACAUUAGUGACAUAUUUCGCUUUCUGGAUGAUAUGAGCAUAUGCGAGUCUAUUGGGGUACCCCAGUCAUCCUGUUACAACAGUAACGGCUCGCUCUCUCACGUGACAAAGUCAGAUGGUGAUAGCUCACCUGAACGCAACACGAUCAAACUUGGCAAGUCUGCUAGCAAGCUAGACCAUCUAUUCCACUCUCUAGAGAACACCGACGAUGAGCUCAAAGCGAGUGUAUGCAAGCUGGUCCUUCGGAUUGGUGAAAUCGAGAAGAAGCUUGAAUCCCUUUCAGGAGUGCGUGGGGAGAUUUCACAGGUCCUGUCCAAGCUCACCAAGCUGGAUGAGAAGAUCCAAGAGCCAGAAGCAAAUGGGAAAGCUAGUGAUGGUGGCAUAGCCCAGAUUCAGACAGAUGUGAACCUUUCACCACACAUGUUCCAGUGCCACACCACAGGUCACAAUGUCAAAGUGGACACAAACACAGACUGGUGCUGCUCAGAUGCGAGUGGAAGUGAAAGCCUGAGGGUGAAGGCAUUAAAGAAGAGCAUGUUCACUCGCAGGUCUUCCAGAUCACUGACAGAGGAGAACAGUGCUACUGAGUCCAAGGUGGCCAGCAUCACCAAUUCUCCUCGAGACUGGAGAACUGUCUCCUAUUCAAGCUAUCCAGGAGAAGAUAUGAAAGAGAAGGACAGGUAUGGCGAAGGCAAGGACAGACACAGGAAAGCCAAAGAGACAGAUCGACAGUAUGACCCUCACCAGGCCCACCGGUCAUCCAAGGUCCCGAAGGACUCAUACCUGGUGGAGCAAGUGUUCAGCCCUCACCAUUUCCCCCCCUCUGUCAAGACGCAUGUGAAGGGAAGUCCUCUCUACACAGACUUGCGUCCACAACGUCCACAACCCUCCUGGACCAUAGAGGAAUUCAAACGCAACUCAGGAGACAAGAACAAACUCAGUGUGCUGGACCUACAGACCCAGGAGUCACUCAACCCCAAUAAUCUGGAGUACUGGAUGGAGGACAUCUACACACCGGGCUAUGAUUCACUGCUGAAGCGCAAAGAGGCGGAGUUUCGGAGGGCCAAAGUUUGCAAGAUUGGUGCUCUGAUUGCUGCAGCAGCUUGCACUGUGAUACUGGUCAUCGUUGUGCCCAUUUGCACUAUGAAGUCUUGA